UGUGAGACGAGAACGAUAUUAAAUGAUGGAUUCAGAUUUAUUGAGAAGAGAAAAAGAGUAUCAUGAUUUGAAUAAGGAAUUAGAGCUCAAAACAAAGGAGCUAUUACAGGAAGUCCACCAUGUAAUGAAUCAAAACAAGAACGAUUUUACAAUACACUUUGAUCCCGGAAAGUAUGAGAUUGAAAAUGAUUUAUGCCAACGAAAAUCAAAAUCUGCAAUUACAAAGAAAUCGGAUGCAUUCAGAGUCGAUGAAAAAGAUUGCAAAGAAUUAAAUAUACCAAUAGAUAUCAAUAAUAUGGGAGCCAAAGGAUUAGUGCACUUCUUGAAAGCUAAAGCCAAACAACUUCAGAUGGAUUAUGAUAAGUUAUUAAUCGAUUACAAACAGAAAUGUGAAGAAAUUAAAAAAUUGCAGAGGGAAAACGGUAAACAUAUCGAGCAGAAAGAAAAGUGGCUACAAAGUUCAAGUGCUUCUAAAAACACAUCAGCAAAAUUAGAACAACAAAAAAACAUCUUGCAGUGUAAAUUGAACGCCAGAGAAAAUGAAACUGUUUCUCUUAAAAAGGAAAUAGAUCAAUUGCAUAAGGAAUUAAAAUCACUUAAAUCAAAUACGAACAGUUUGGAUGUAAGGAUGACAAGAAUUGUAGAAGAAAAUGACAAACUUAAAAAUGAUCUCAAAACCUGUAAGCAGGAAGAAAAGGUAAUUUUUGUAUUACUUUUCUAGAAUUAUAUUAAUAUUGAAUUUAGGAUCUCAAAGAAGUUCACAGGAAGGAAUUGAGUAAAUUAACAACUUCGAUCAGGAAU